UGUAAGACGGUGGUUAUAAUACCGGCGCUUAUGUAAAGAAGUUCUAUCGUAAAUGCAGGCUUUGGUAUACGAUUAUCGGAGUGACUCAGACGGUAUACAAACAAGUCUUACCUAUCAUCUUGACUUCGUGUAAAUUAAGACAGCUCAGGUUGAAUUUGAAGCCUUUGCCCACCUCAUAUCUGAAAAUUGGUUCCCUUAGACAUAUAUCUAUCUAUCUUUGUUCAUAACUGAGUGUAGCGUUGUCUACCACCUUGCCUUUAAACUCGGCUCACACGACUAAUACACCUAGUAAUCAUGGGGUCUAAACAUGCUUGGAAAGUAGAGCUUCUCCCUUGGGACCACUCAAGCCCAGAUCAUGUACAGAGGAUGUAUGACCAACGUGUUGCUUGUGGGUGGAGGGCUGACGAAGUACCAUCGUGGGUAGAGGCGGCACAGAAAGGUGGAAAGAUAUUUUACUGGGUUCUCCUUUCGGAUGCUUUUCCGGAUAGAGAAAAUGUACUUGAGCAGCACACUAGUGCCUAUCCGAAGGAAGCAAGCCCAUUGAGGGAUACAGCAGCAGCAGUUCGGCUCGUCCCGCGGCAGCCAACCAUGGUGGAGUUCAUCCCUAUUGGUCAUGUUGCUCUCGAUAUCCACGAACCCGACGAGGACAUCAAACUCGGCCUUCCAGCUACCGGGACCGUGUGGGUUCAUCAACUGUACAUUUCGCGGGCACUCCAUGGAGGUGGAUUUGGUGCCGGAGCCAUGUCCAAAAUCGAGACGCUAGCCACGCGAAGCCCAAUGAAUGCAAAAAUAGUAGCUUUGGAUACCCUAUCGAAGGAGAUGCAGACCGAACCAGAGAUACGAGACCUCCUAUAUGGGGAAGGACGUCUUCCUCCGCCAGUGGUUUCCAAUGAAGACUGGUAUACCAGUCAAGGGUACGAGAUACUUCGACGAGAGAAAGGUGCAUAUAUAUGGAACCCUCAGGAAGGAGUCAGUGUGCCUAUGAACCUUGUGUAUAUGAAAAAGUCUGUUGCUUGAGAAAUCCUGGGUCUCGGGACAAUCCAAGGAACAUUGGAUGGAAAGACACACCCUCUUCUUAGCCUUUAAUUAGCCUCGCGAUAGAUCGAUUGGUCUGAAGCCACGUAAAUGGAAAUGAAGUCACUCCAUAGCGUCUGCUAUCUGAACUCCGUGCUUGCAUCGCAUAUACAUAGAACAGGAGCAAUAGGAGUGGAGAGCUCCGUUGCCGCGAAGGAUGAUGAGAGGUUAAAAAUAAGCAACCUGAAUGCCCUUAAUAAAAGCCAUGGAUGACAUGUUUGUCUGCUGCCCAACGGCCAUGAGAAAUUAGACGCGAGCAAGGUGGCAUUGCAUCGGGAAGAAUCGUUCAAUGCGCUCCUUCCGAACAGGUAGAUAGGCGCGUCGUGAUAGCUAAGUGGCCGGGUAUCACACAAAUGGUGAAAGAAGUCAUGCAGGACAAGUCAUCUAGCGGCAUCUAGAAAACAGAAACGAGGUGAGGCGACCUCUUAAACGGUAUAAA